CUCUGUAUGUGCAUAGGACACUGAUAGUAGAUUUGGAGCACACUAAAUGGAAUAAUGAUCAACACAUUUACCUCUCUGCCUACAUGCUGAGAGGUUGCAAGUACAGGAUUUGCAUUUCCGAAGAGGCAUGUUUAAUGCUGCUUUUCAGGAAGAUGCAUCCCUCCUACUGGUAAGUAUGUGGUGACUCCACAGCCGUGUCACUGUGAAUUCCACUUACCAUUUUCCAGUAUGUGCUUGACCUGUCUGAACCAGGUCAAGCCUAAAGAGUAUGUACGUUAAGGCAGAGACAUUACAUUGAAGUUUGUUCACCUUACAGUAUCAUGAAAUACAGACAUUUCCCUCUCCCUCAAGGCAAAUGUUUUAAACACAGUGACUACCUCUAAUAUUAACAUAGACAGGUUCUUAACUACCAUCUGAUUCCACGAAUUACCCCUUUUUACAUUGCAUCAUUCUGGCACUAGCUUGACUUUGCUCUUGCAAGCCUCUCCUAUUGCAGAGUCACUCUUUCUUUCCAUUUUAGACACUGCCUUUCAACACCUGAGAACCAAGGAAGUCCACUUUCCACAUUUUUUAGUAAUUAAUUUUAACGUAGCCACUGAAACCUUCUGACUAUCAUUUCUCCAUACUGCUGCUUUGGAUACUUUCCUAGGUUCUGGGCUUGACUAUCGUCUUGGGCAAAAAGUGUAUCUGUCCUUCUAAAUAAAGAGGAUACAAUUAUCUGUAAGGCCUUGUGAGAAAACAGGAACACAAGGAGAAUGCAUGACCAAGGAUGUCAGCAGGAUUAUUUCACUAGAUCUGCAAGAUCCACAGGAUUGUGCCCCAUUAUGAGUGUGCUGCGUAGUCAAUCCAGUGAUGCAAAGCUAGUUUGCUGCCAAGUGCUUGCUAUGGAGGAGGUGAGUUUUCAGGGUGACAUCAGCACUUGGACACGUUGCUGGGGUCCCACCUAGUCGUGCCAUUGCCAGCACAUCACUUCUGCACCACUGUCCUGUCUGACUCGUCACUUCUAGUUGAACUAGUGUUAACUCAAAAGCUUGUAAUGACCAAAAAGGAGACACACCUUGCAUGUAAAUUCAGGAAUUUAUUGUUAGUGCAACAAAUGUUAACAGUCUAAUAUAUGAAUUAUUAUUAAUCUAGAUCUAAUUACAAGAGAAGAGAGACAAGAAGAGAGGAGAGCAAAGAAUACUACUAUAGCACUACAGAAAAAAAAAAAGCAAUAAGGUAAAACCGAUAUAUGCACACCUCCCACUAUCCACCCCUGUUGUUUGGAUGUUACGCUCACACUUGCACUGAUCCUCUGGGUGCAGUGGUCAGUGGCUGCAAUGGGGGUGGUGAGGAAAUAUUGCCAGCUGUCACCAUCCCAGGUCCUUUGCUCAGAUGAGCAUGACAUUGUUGUUGGUUUAUUUUUCUUUAUUUUUUGAUUGGUUAUGGACAUUUUAAUGUUUGCUACCAGCUUUACAUCUUGUUUUUCUUCACUGGCCUUCAAAUCCUACAAUUACAUGAGUUUCCUAGUCAUUAGAAAAACUGCUUUCACGCUACACAAAUGAAGCCUGCCUGAGGCAGGUUAAGGCAAGUUCAGACAAAGCAGUCCUGACAAGCCUCUGUCUUCGGGCCUUAGGAAGUCAGCAUAAAGCCUGUGGCCUGUUAGGAGCAAUGACAGUCCUCUAUUUACUGGGCUGCAAGGUUGUGUUAGCCCUAGAGGUAUUUUUCCUUGCACUACAGCCACUGCAAAUAAAUGCUCUACUGCCUGCAGUGGUCACUUGAGCUGAAUAUUUCAGCCAAAUUGUGGGCCUUUUAAUACCCAUUUCAGCUGGUGCCAGGGCCCACGGGUGUUGUGGUAGUCAAAAACCAGUACACUGCAGUAGCUUAGAUUGCAAGGUGACAAACCACAAGCCUUUGGAGAAGUUAAGAACUACAGAUUUCCUUAAAACUGCAAUCUUAUUUUGCUUUUUUCAACUUCUAGCUUUACCUGCAGAAACAAAAUUUGGUAUGGCAAGGUGGUGCUUUAUGCUUGAUACCCUGUAUCUUUACAAUGGAUGUAAGGUAUGUCUUGAUAAUAGGCUUUAAAUUAUUCUUUGCAGUUGUUCAGUCAAAAUAUUUAAAUGCCUGUAUCGCCUUGCGCUUGGUGCUAAAGUUAAUGAAAAAGGAGUUGCAUAUUUUUUUUCUUUUGUCUCUACAACAUUAAACCCCUUAUGAAACUGCAGUGCUUCAUCCUGUAAGAUUCUGGAUGCAAGCCUUUCGCUUUUGUUGCACUAAUUGGACUGCUAUGCUCAGGAAGUUAUUACUUGAGCAGACCAACAGCCUUCAGAAAUGGCCAUGGAAAAAAUUGGCUUCUAGUUUAGGAGCACAGGUAAUCUGAUAGUCACUAUCACAAUAUCUAUGUAAAAUAGCCCAGGCCAAGGUGGAACAGUGUACAAAUGAAUAGCUCCAAAUAACUCCAGGCAAGUAAUACCUACAUAAUGAUUAACAAGGAAAGUACCCUAUGGUAACAUAGCGAAGUUGAACAUUAUUCAAUCUCCACACUGCAAAUACUACCUCCCCUUCACAGAUGAGCCUUGAAAAAGCAGCUUUUUUUUCCUGAGAUACCUCAAGAUAUCUCAAGAAACUAAACCCUUUGUAUAGUUUUUGUAUAUCUUUAGCCAAGACUGUCAAAGUUUCUGUUUUAUGUAAAUAAUCACAUUUUAAAUAUUCUUCUGGUUCUUCAUCAAGGACACUCAGGAGAAAGAUGAUUUUUUCAACUGCUUAAUAAAUUUAAGGUAUAAUGUUUUUCUUCUAUAAGAAAAUAUAUAAUACAAACCUGUAGGGUUGGCUUCCUCACAAGUCCCCAGCAAAAGUCUCACAUUUCUGAGUGCAGGCUGUGGCAACUUGGGUGUGCAAACUAUUGGAUGCACAAGGAGGAAGGUGUCAAGGUAAUUAACCGCAACACUUCUAGUGAAAAAUACAACAGACUUCCAUGAGUGAAUCCCUGACUUUGCAGAGGUGUCACGUACUUGCUGUAGUUCUGGGCACACAGCUCAACUGUGAAUUCAGACAACAGGUAUGUCGUCAUGUCUUGGAGUUCAAACCAAUGAUCGAACCAUUCUAAGGAAAGCUAUGAAAACAUGAGUUGCCAUAGAAAUACAGGCCUGGAAGGCAUCAACUACACUGAGCAAGUUGAGCAAUGUCGAUAGCAUCAGUGGCAGAUGGUGGUCUAACCUGUUCUUGAAUGUGUGUAAUGAAAGCCAUUCUCUAAUCUGCUGAGAGACCAAAAGGGACCAUUACAAAAACCUGUUCUGAUUUAACCCCAGCCUUCAAGCGUUGCACAAGCCAAAGUACUUCCCCAACCCCUGAGCUGUCUUGGGAGGUUAUGAGAACUUUUAGGAAGAUACCUAAUCUGACAUGCCAUAAAUAUAGCAGGUUAUGCACCACAGCCAUAGCUAAGCAGAUAAUUAUAUUCACGAUUAGAAACAAUUUGCACUGUAUGUAAAAAAGAGGUGCCAAGAAACUGCCACACAGCAUGUGGGGUGUGAUACCACCAGGAGAGCAGGCUAAGCUGGUUCUGGGAGAGCCAUGACAGUGGACAAGUGUAAGGGUCCUGGUCAGUCUAGCACAAAGGAGCUCUCACUCAAUAACUUAAUGUUGAGGUAAUAAAAAUAACUGCACUGAGUGAAAAAUGAUCUUUUUUUAAAUUAACGAGAACAGAAAUAGAUGUGCAGUCUUUUCAGUUCAGAUGGCUUUGGUGCACAGCUAGCUUCCCACAAUUCUUUCAAAACUGUUCUUAUAGAACAAAUACAUUAUCAGAAACUUCUGUUUUAGCAAUGUUUGAAAAAAGUGAGCGAGGCAGGCUGGGAUGGCUGGAGAUAGGCAGGCAGCUGAAUGCAUUGCCAAAAAGGAGCCAGAGGAUCCAUAGGAUUUCACUGCCUGUCCUGCUUGCCCUACAUCCCUGCCCACCUAUCCCGCCUGCCUAGCCUGACCUGCCCUCUUGCCUUUCCUGCCCUGCUUGCCUGUCCUGCUCAGCCUGUCUGCAAUGCCUGUUUGUAACCCACUGCAAGUUGUGACAGAAUUCACUUGCUCCUCUAUAGUACUUCUGUUAAAUCAGUUUGCUCCUCCUUUUGGCAUAAAACUCUUCCAGUGGUAACUUGUGACAAGUUCCAACAACCCUCACAAAUCUUGUGAUCUUAUGUUUAUGGAGAGCUUAGUUUUGAUUUUGUUUGUUCCUUUUCAGAACAGCACUGCAAUUUAAGUGUGUCAGUGCAGUCCUUAAUGGAAAUUUGUGCUAUCCUAUGCUAAUUCUCUCAAGAGUAAGAUUACAUUUGCAGCCACUCCUCAGAAGGCUCUGUGCUGCUGCAGAAACACUCUUGUAAUUCUGAUGUAGUAUUAAAAAAUGUCAUUUUUAAUACCAUUGGCAAAUUUGUUAUAAGCCAUUUCAAGCCUAGCUGAUUUGGGCAGUUUCUGCCUUCAUCUGCUUUCUCUUCCCCCUUUUCUGAUUUUAACUUCCUUUCAAUAGUGUUCUGAAUAUGAAGAAAACACUUUAAAGAAGAGUAAAAAUGAGGGCAUGUCCCGAAGUAUUUCUCGCUUACCAAACAUCCAAGGGAUUUAGCUUGUGAAAGGCGUAAGUCACUGGCAGGAGAGGAGCUGUGGCUCGCUCUCACAGCACUGUGGGCACUCGGUGUUACACCACCAGCAGCUUCUGCAGCACAGUGCACUCUUUGAAAUGGACAGGGGCCGAGCCUGAGACCAUGCCAGGCUGAAUGAUGCCACUUAGACAAUGAUGUUUGCAGCAUAAAAUAAAAAUCUUAUAUGUGAAAUUACAGGAUAAAUUGAAGAGAACUGUCUGCCAACACCAAAUAAGAUGUGACCCUUGUGCAAGGAGUUGCAGUUGAUUUAAAAAAACUACAUGAUGGAAUUGUUUUUAUCUUCUCCACCUGCAAGUCCAAGAGUAGUGUAUGGUUGUGGUGUUCUUCCCUGGGCUGAUGAGUAGCUUUAAAUGUAUGCACGCAUACUUCUUUCUUCGACCUAGGCAGGUAUUGGUGGGUUGUUUCCCUCCUCACUGUUCAAACCUUCCCUCCCUGCUGGCAUCAAUGGGGCACCUCAUCUUAGCUGGGGAAUCCAGAUUGUGCCCUAAAGUCUGUUCUUUCUUUGAAAAUCCCAGGGUCUAGAACACAAUGUAAUGUGCUUCCUGUUGAUGAUAGUAAGGGAAGACCUUGAUGCUGUGGCUAAUGCUGGGUGCUGCAUGUGCCAUUUUGUGUCCAAAAUUGUGUUUGUUUUUCUGGAGUCUUCUAGUUCUUCGCUAUAUGUUACAGUGAUACUCCAACAGUACUGUACUGUCGCAGGCCUUUACUGAUGUUAUUUUUCAUGUGAGCUGUUAGAGAAAAAUGACAGUAUGCAAUUUAAAACCACGCUCUUUAAUAAGGCAAGUCUACAGUGCCCAAAUGCCAACAGUUAGUUUGGCAGGUUCUUGUGUUCAACUCUUGCCCCUAAUCGAUGGGCUUUGCAGUGAAUUGCACUUGGCUUAUAGCCGGAACCAUGGCUGUGGGGCACCACCAGGCACGGGAACCAACAGCCCUUCCAACCCGCCCAGUGCACCGAGACGGGGCCUGGCUGCUUUUACCCAGUUCCUUUGUACUUGGACCACUGGCAGGAGACCCAGGCUCUUUCCCCUCCUGAGGUCUCACAGCUGUUGGACCUGUGUGGUCCUGCUCUAGAGCUCUCGAUUAAACCACAUUUCUAUCCAAACCGUUGCUUCUUGUAGGAGGUCUUUCAAUUUUGGCAGUUUAGGUGGGCAACUGCUUUACUUGUAUCUUCUAGGGAAGCUCAAUUGAGCAAUCCAUGAGAGCCCAGAAAGCUUCAGGAGAGGGAGUUGCACAGGUGUUCUGCAUCCACCUCCAGCUGUCAGCAUGGCUUCACCCAUAGAUCACAUAGCUUCCACGGCUGGAGUUGAUUCAUGCUGGAGCUGGAUUUUUACUACUGAUCUGAGACCCCAGGACCACAAUAAAAACCUGCCUUUGCGGGCCCCAUGCAGAGGCCGAUGUGCGGAAAUUCUCUGCUUCAGUCCUCAUUUCAACAUCCCCCCCAGACCCCGUAUCUAUGAUCGCUUUUCUCUCCCGGGGGCCCGGAGGAGAGGCAGUUCCAGGGGCGGUGCUGACCCGGGGCUCCCACCCGCGGGCCCGUGGGCGGCUCCACCCCCGGGACUGGAUGGGUGUGCGGGGACUCCCCCUGAGAGCGGGCGAGAUUCGGUGACCUCUGCCCUCUGUCAGUCUGGUGGGACACAGCAGUGCUGGCUGUCGUUGCCGUGACAGCAGGGUGCGUCCAAGUGGACAAAGCGUUAAUUACUGGGGUGCUGGCGCGGGCAAACGGCCCCCGCCGGGCCGCGGCCGCUUGGCCUCUCCGCGCCGCCGUAGGGAGGCCGCUCCCCCCAACAUGGCCGCCCCGGCAGAGCCCGCCUCAGUCCGCCGCCCGCCGGGGCCGCCGCCGCCCGCUCGCCGCCGGCGGUAGAGAGCCGCUGGGCCAGCAGGCGGCCGCCCGCUCGGGGAGGCGGAGGGAGCUGCGGGGGGCUCCAUGAGGGGUUGGGGCAGCCCCAGGCCGGGCCUGCCCAGGCGGCUGACUCCUCCCUUGGGGAAGGAGGGUGCGCUGGGGCCGCCUCCGCCGCCGCCCGCCGGGGCUGCCGCCGUGUGACUGGGAGCGCGCAGCCCCGAGUAGCUGCGGGGUGCCAGGCCUGGGCCGGCGGGCGCCGACACCCUGCCCCCGCGGGACGGGGCCUCCUGCGCCCGACCCGACCCGCCGCUGCCUCCCCGCUCGCCGGCAGCAACAAUGUUUUCUCUCAAGCAGCCCAAACCCACGUUCAAGUCCUACCUUCUGCCGCUGCCUCAGCCUGAAGACCAUAUAGCAUCAGAACCAAGGAUUAAAAAACUGGAACCAGUACUUUUGCCAGGUGAAAUUGUGGUAAAUGAAGUAAACUUUGUAAGAAAAUGCAUCGCAACAGAUACAAGUCAAUAUGACCUGUGGGGCAAAUUGGUUUGCACUAACUUCAAGAUUUCCUUUAUUACGGAUGACCCAAUGCCACUACAGAAAUUCCAUUAUAAAAACCUCCUCCUUGGUGAACAUGAUGUCCCGCUGACAUGCAUUGAGCAGAUUGUCACAGUGAAUGACACCAAGAGGAAGCAGAAGGUCCUUGGUCCCAACCAAAAACUGAAAUUUAAUCCAACUGAAUUAAUAAUUUAUUGCAAAGACUUCCGUAUUGUCAGAUUUCGUUUUGAUGAAGCAGGUCCUGAAAGUGCAAAAAAGGUGUGCCUUGCAAUAGCUCAUUAUUCUCAGCCAACAGAUCUUCAGCUUCUCUUUGCAUUUGAGUAUGUUGGGGAAAUAUAUCAUCAUCCAGCAAAGAAGGUGAAUGGAAUAGACCCAGGAGGUGGUGGUGGCGGCGGCGGCAGUGCCAGCGGUCAGCAGACACCUUUGUUUGAAACAUACUCUGAUUGGGACAGAGAAAUCAAAAGGACAGGUGCAUCGGAGUGGAGAGUCUGUUCAGUCAAUGAAGGUUAUAUGAUAUCUACUUGCCUUCCAGAAUAUUUUGUGGUUCCAUCUUCCUUAGCAGAUCAAGACCUCAAGCUAUACUCCUACUCUUUUAUUGGGAGACGAAUGCCAUUAUGGUCCUGGAAUCACCCUAAUGGGAGUGCCCUUGUAAGAAUGGCCAACAUUAAAGAUGUGUUGCAACAAAGAAGAAUUGAUCAAAGGAUUUGCAAUGCAAUAACUCGAAGUCAUCCCUUGAGAAGUGACGUUUACAAAUCCGAUCUGGACAAGUGUCUCCCCAACAUCCAGGAAAUCCAGGCUGCACACAUCAAGCUCAAACAGCUGUGUGUUAACGAGCCCUUUGAAGAAACUGAAGAGAAGUGGCUGUCCUCACUGGAAAAUACUCACUGGUUAGAGUAUAUUAGGUCAUUUCUUAAGCAUUCUGCUGAGCUUGUAUAUAUGAUGGAGUGUAAGCACGUCUCUGUAAUUCUACAAGAGGAAGAGGGACGGGACCUGAGCUGUCUUACUGCUUCUCUCAUUCAAAUCAUGCUGGAUCCCUAUUUCCGAACAAUUGUUGGAUUUCAAAGCUUAAUACAGAAGGAAUGGGUCAUGGCAGGAUAUCAGUUUUUAGAUAGGUGUAACCACUUAAAGAGAUCUGACAAAGAGUCUCCUUUAUUCUUGAUGUUUCUUGACUGUGUUUGGCAGCUGCUAGAACAAUACCCAGCAGCCUUUGAGUUUUCUGAAGUGUACUUGACCAUACUGUACGACAGCGCACGCAUCUCUUUGUUUGGCACCUUCCUUUUCAAUUGUCCUCACCAGCGCGUAAAGGAAAGCACUGAAUUUGCCAUAAGCAAAAAUAUUCAGCUGGGUGAUGAGAAAGGCCUCAGAUUUCCUUGUGUUUGGGACUGGUCUCUUCAGUUUACAAGCAGGGAUCGCCUGCUCUUUCACAACCCUCUGUAUAUUGGAAAGAGCGCGCCGUGCGUACACAAUGGAGCUGUGAAAAGUUUUAAACGCUCAAAGAAAAACUACAGCUCCACAUUGCGAGGCGUCCCCCCAGCAUUAAAAAAUGGAAUCAUCAGUGAGCAGGAGUUCCUUCCAAGAAGAAACUCUCUGAUUCUAAAACUGAAACCAGACUUUUUACAACAAACAGAGAGUCAGAGUAACAGUAUGGAACAGUACUUCAGAGACUGGUUUGCCAAGCCUGUUGAUUUGCACGGCGUGAUUCUACCCCGCAUCUCUGGAACGCAAAUAAAACUGUGGAAACUGUGCUACUUCCGCUGGGUUCCUGAGGCCCAGAUUAAUCAUGGUGGCUUCAUCACCGCUUUCCACAAAGUUUCUUUGCUGGCAGAUGAAGUAGACACGUUAAACCGGAACCUUCGGCAGCACAAAAGCAACUCUUCUGUGCAAGGCAACUGCUCGGAACUGGAUCAAAGCAGGAUGUACUUCAGAGCACGUCAUUUAAAUGAUACCUCUGAGGCCCCCGACUUUCUCUCCUCCUCAUUCCCAUUUUCUCCUGUAGGGAACCUGUGCAGACGGAGCAUUCUGGGAACGCCUUUAAGCAAAUUUUUAAGUGGUGCCAAAAUCUGGCUAUCCACUGAGACGCUUGCAAAUGAAGACUGAGACGAUGUGACAGUUUAAAGGUUGGGGAGAAUACAGCAUAUCAUUUUGUCUUUUCUAAGUUAACACUGCUAGCUAAAUGCGGCAUUGAAAGCUGUAAUAAUUUUCUAUACAAACAUUACGUAAGUUUUGCACAAAUAUUUAAAAGCAGAGCGAGUCAUGCUUCAAAUCGCACAAUUUUGUAGUUCUCAUCUACUAGGCCUUCUGGUCCCUAAUUCCUUCUGUAUUUUUGUGGUUUGGCUCAUUAUAUGCGAUGGAGCAUUACAUUAGCUAAUUGAAAGGCUUGGUCUGGUCAUUAAUGAGGGUUCUGCUUGAAAUACCUUUUUCCCAGACAGUGACUGAAGUGACUCUUGUGUCAAAACCGCCUGGCAAAUGACGGUAGUUAGGUGCAGUGGACACAGACCAACAGCUGAAUUCUCAGAACAAGCUCUCUUAUCAGAUUGCCUCUUCAGGAAGAAUACAUAUAUGCAUACAUACAUACUAAUGAUCUGUGACUUCAUCACCCUGUGUGUAUCUGGCGGGGGCAUUCCUUUUUCUUUCUCUCCCCAAAAUGUGUUUGUUAACAAUUAGAUUUGUGCUCUUCGACAUGAGCGUGAACCAGUUUCAGGACAAUGCACUGUUAACCUUAAAACGUUUACUGUCAAUAUUGUAUCGUAGUAGCUUUAGAAGUGCCUUUAAUUGGGAGGGAACAGUAGCAAGGUUACUCUGGCGCAGCUGACCUCUCUUCAGGUGCUGACUCAAAGUUAAGGCACCAAAGGCCUUACAUGAUAGACUAGAAGCUCAUCUCACUUAGUUAGGGGGGGAGAAAAAGUUGUAUGAUGAUAAAACACAGUAUAAUACAGUUUAAAAAAAGGCAGGGAGGGAUAGGAUUUGGAGCUCCUCAGUUGUUUGUAAAACAAAACUGGUAUUCAGCACAGCCCAACUCACAAUGUGGGUUUUGGAUGUUUAAGAUUGCUUAAGUAUUUCUUGUAGAGAAUUUGCAUCUGGAGUGGCCUUAUAGGUGCAAGGUUGGUGCUCGAUGUCCAGUGCAUACAGGACUCUGUUUGUCCAGACUAAGAACUACCUGCUGGGCAGAGCCGUUGGGGGGUGCUGGGUACACGGCUUUCUCCCCUGUGUUUGGUUUGGUGGGUAAGUGGGCAGUUCCAUUGCAAAGGUGAGCUAAUGGGGGGUGCAGACUUCUUCUUUUAACUAACCAGACCCCCGAAAACCUAUUUUUAUGCAAAGAGGCCGAGUGGUGUGUGUGCGUGCAUGUGCACAUGUGCGUCUGCGUGGGGACACGUACAUGCGUGUUGUGACAUAAUGCCAGAUGGGUUCUGGCCAACUGUUUGUGAGGAAAAAACGUGUAAUCACCUCAAUUGCCUAAUUAUGCUGCAAGAUGGUCUGAACAUGUUAAAUGGUCCACAAACUAGUUGUUUUUAUUUACGAGCUUGCUGGAGCAGUCAUCCAAUUUGUUCAUUAUUCAAGUGUUUGUAUUAGUUUGCUUUUGUGAUUUUUGUUUUUCAUUAGCUUACUGCUUUACUGCCUGAUACUUGACUUAAAAGACCUCAACCUGUGUGCUUAGUUUCUUUUGGUACCAAUUUUAAAACUAUGGUGUUGUCGUCUUUGGUUUUUUUUCCCCUUAAAAGUAUAACUUUUUUGGUUUAAAGGUACCAAAAAUGUGUAAAUAAAUUACUCCACACAGGCAGCUGGUGGAAUUAAAAAAAAAAAAUAAAAUCUAGGCUAGUACCCUUUGGGGGAAAAAAAAGGGUACUAUAUUUAAGCAGGAUGUCUUUAUAAGGAAAUUUCAGACACUUUUACAUUUCACUUCUAAGAUGUGUACAGAUGCUGCAGAUGGUCUUUCUAUUUUAUAUGUAUAGCAUGGGAGGGGGUUAAAAAUAAUAUGCCUUUAUAAUAAACAAAACCUGUCUAAAUAUCUGUUUUGCCAAACAGACGUAAGAAGGACUAUUAGCCAGCUGAAGCAGGGAGUUGGGCAAGCAGAGGCUGUGCCGGCGGUGAGCUGGGAGAAGGGAGGAGCUGCCCCCGCUGUCCCGGGCCAGGGGACCAGGUUCUGCUGCCCUGUGCUCACACAGCCUUGCCUGCUGCAGAACAUGCACAGCUGCUGUCUGUCUGUCUGUCUGUCUGUGCAUGUGUGCCUGCAGAUGUUGUUUCUUCCUCUGCAGUUAAACAUCCUAGUUUUUUUAAUUUACUUUUGAAAGACAGGUACUAAAUGUUAAUUUUAAAGUAUUCUCCAGUCUACACAGUUGCCUUAUCAAUACUCAGUAGGGACUGCUCUGAACAUCUUUAGUAACUUUCAAAAGCAAUUUUGGGUGUGAGUACAUAUCUUUAACGUCUGUGUACAGAAUACUGACAUACAGCUGUAUAUAUAUGUGUGUGUGUAUAUAUGUACACAUUUGCAAAUUUUAACUUCUGUUCACCAUUUAAAACAAGAUACUGUUAAUGCCAUUUUGGUGUUGCGAGAGUAGAAAAACUACUAAGAAGCUUCUUUUUUGUCUGUUUCUAGAAAACGUGCACUAUUUUGGCUGUUACUGGCUGUUAUAUCAUGACUUUUGUACUACACUGUAAACCACACGGUGGAAUAGGGAACGUUGGUUGAUACGGUUAAAAUGACCUGCAGCGUCAUUAAUUGCUGCGAGGUGGAGCUUACUGUAGACUUAGUGAUCAUGGCAGUACAGCUCUAUUUACCGUUUACUGCCAUGUAUCAAGGAAUUUUUUUCCAUUCCAGAAACGCAUUGAGAAGUGUGUGUUGGUGUAUGUGUAUACCCAGGCCUGCACGCAACUUUAAUGUGCACCUGCCUGCAAUACCACUUCGGCGUUAACUGCCUUGUGUUUCUCAUGAAAUUGUAGCACCUGGGGCAAAGGUUGUGGCUUACUCUUGGAUGGAGAGACAUCAAAACCAAAAAAAAUCUAACAUAUAUUUAAGCAAAGGACAAAAUCUUAAAAUUUACCUCUAACAUAAGUGACAGAAAUCUGUACCUCAAAUUGCUCUAGGCAGUAGGUUUCUAAUGCUGUUGCUGUGAUGCUUUAGAGUUCACUAUUUUAACUGAAAUGAAACCCUUUGUGCCUGAUAAUGAUUUACUGAGUAAAGUAGCAGUGCCAGGAAGAUUAUAAAAUCCUGAUGCUGAGUUGUGAAUGUGAAGUAAAUUAGACUAAAUAAAAGUUCAUACCUUUGCACGGUGAA